AGUUUUAUUGAAAUAUGACGACCUUUAAACAAUCUGAAAACUACGACUACUCCGAGUACCUGAUACCACACGGAUCACUUAACGGAGUUGCAAUUCCGGGUUUCGUGACUCCGGAAUUCCGGGCAGAAUUCCAGAAAGACUUUAAACUCCGUCCGGAAAGCGACAUAUUCAUCGUGACAUAUCCCAAGAGUGGUACUACGUGGAUGCAGAACAUUUUAAGGAAGAUGUUAUUUACUGAAGAUACUCAAGAGUGGGCGGAAAUGCCCCUAACUGAACGGUUCCCAUGGGUGGAUUAUAUACCUAGUUUAUCGGUCACCGAUUUGGAGAAAGUACCUAAUCCUAGAGUGUUUAAAUGCCACAACCAUUCUCCUCAAGAGAUGGACGAUCAAAUCUUCAAAGGAAAUAGAAAAGCAAAGAUAGUCUACGUGGUCCGAGACCCGCGUGACGCUUGUGUUUCCCUGUACCAUCACCUACAAAAAGCAGGAAUCUCAGACUGGAUGAAGAAGGCCAAUUUCACAGAUUUCUUUAAAACUUACUUCCGGGAUGGAAAAACGGUGUUUUAUGGGCUCUGGGAGGAUCACGUUAACAACUGGCUUUCUAGUCGAGAUGAGUACGAUAUAUUGGUCGUCAAAUACGAGGAUCUAAUCGAGGACUCCUGUAAAGAAAUAUCCCGAGUCGCAGAUUUCAUCGGCUGUGAUCUAACCCCAGAGGCUGUCCGCGGAAUUGCGGAGAAAACUUCGUUUGCAAAUAUUAAAGUUCAGAAUUUGUUUAAGGAAGACGGCCACGAUGGGGUUCAUGAUAGUUUUCUCCGUAAGGGAGUGGUUGGUGAUUGGAAGAACCAUUUUGUGGACAUGGCGGACGAGGAAAUGAUGCGCAAAAUUGCUGACGAUCUCUACAAAAAACACCAGAUCUGAUUUUUGUAAACAUAAAUAUUGCUUACGUAAUUCACUAGUUUAGUAUUAGUAUUGAUUUCUGGUUAAAAACUUGUGUAAUUGAAGUAGAUUUAAUUGUCAAA